AUUGCCACAGUUAAAUUCAUCUAUAUUUUAUUUGAUCACUUUCCAUGGCAUUUUUGUGAAAAUAAUGAAGGAGAGGCCAGCCGUGCUUUCACGCUACAUUUUCCGUCCACAAGAACAAGAACUGUAAUUUUGUCAUCUUUUUUAAUAGGUAGUACUUUUUUGUACAAAGUACAUCUCAAUAUGUAUGUUUGCACCGCCUAAUUAUUUUUGUAAUGAUAUGUGGUACAGAGGCAGAGAUGAAAUCUUCGGGAUUUAUUUGAAACUGAUAGUUGAUGACGGAAUCAGACAAGGCCUCGGUUACGUCCACCACAUUGAAGUCUAGGGGAGGGAUGGACGUCUCCUGGGGACCAGCGACCUCAGUAAAGCACCAGUAAGCUCGAGGGUGCUUCUGUUGUGCCCUAUACACCGCGGCUGGACACAAAAGGUUGCAGGGGCUUUAUGAUGGCAUUCAGCACGUUCAACGGGAUCUUAUCUUGGGUCUAAAAGACAUGAAUAGUGCCUGCGGUAAAACUCGGCCGUGUUAACAAACACCCCUCAGCCGUUUACGGCCCCGAAGUGCCAUACUGUUUCCGUCCUUUUUUCUUUCCUGCUGUAAAAAGUCGCUCUUCGCCAGGAUUAGCCUGUCUGGUCUCUAGUGAUUCUACUUUAUAAGAUUAGUACCCGUUUUAGUGAAAAUGCCGUUGUUGUUGUUGUUGUUGUUGUUGUUUAAAUAGAACUCAAACCGAAAAGACUAAAGGACAAGCUUUUAGAGCAGCCUGCCUGAAAGUUUGGUUUAUAAGAUAUAUUUGAAAAUGUUAUUCUUUAUUCAUUACACCACAUCGAUAAUAUAAUAUCAUUAUAUACGCGAAGAACCAAAAUGCAUUUAAGCUGUUUUAUAGCAGUAAUAUUAGUAGUAGUAGCCUAAAUUUAUGUCCUUCAGUUAUAAUGGCACAGCUAUAUUCUUGGGUGGAUUCAUUAUUAACAGAAAUAAUUUAUUUUACUCUGUUUAGUUGAGCUGCUGUUCUGUUUUAGACAAUUAUCAGUACGACGAUAUUUUAACAUUAAUUACUAUUAUUAUUAUUACUAGUAGUAGUAGAAGUAGUAGUUAUGGUGGUGGUGAUGCUGCUGUUUAGAGGAAAUUAUUUAAGAAUAAGUUUUGUUCAAGUCUUCUCAUUUCUGUUUUCUAAAUAUUGUUCUUUAUUAUCCUUCCAAAUAUCAUAAGGCAAAGACAUAUGUAACAUUUCGACCCCUCUUUAUUAUUGUUGUUGUUGUUGUGGUUGUUGUUCUUGCCUAGGUCUAAGAAGUGGGUCAUAUAAAUGCAGUAGCUUAAUAACGUCGACCAUAAAGCUAAUUAUUUCGUCUUUUAAGUGUAUUUCAUGUUUUAUUUAUUUAUUUGGUCCAAUUGGUCCACAAAAUAUUGUUUAUGAAUGGUAAUAAUUUAUUGAUUAUAUGGUGUCUUAUGGUUGAGGUAGUCUAUUAGACACCUAAAGAGAAAACAAACAUUUGCACACUGCGUACUGUCUGGCGGUUGUUUUCUGUUUGUUUUUCUUCCAGUUAAUUAUACAAAUUACAUAAACAUGAGGUAAGAUAUAUUAAAUCCAGUAAAUUGCUAGUAAAUGAAAAUGUAUUUUAAUACGGUUAUUGCACUUAACAGAAACAUCUUGAAGCAAGCUAUCGUGGUUCUGCUUUGUUUUAGACUAAAGUGCAGCGGUUUUCUGCAUUAACUUUAAUAUUAAAACGAACUGGAUGUUCGCUUAAAAGUGAAAGUGGCAUAAGUUUUGUUAAUUUGUUUGUUCGUGUACUUAUUUUCUUUCUUUCUUUCUUUCUUUCUUUCUUUCUUUCUUUCUUUCUUUCUUUCUUUCUUUCUUUCUUUCUUUCUUUCUUUCUUUCUUUCUUUCUUUCUUUCAAUGCAAUGACAAGGCCGGUGACAGAACAAUUACAAAUUAUGCUCUAUUAUUACAAUGUAAAGAAUACAUAAAGAUACAAUAAAUACAUAAAAAUACAAUCUUUGAUGUAAAGAAUAUUGGUCGUAAAUUUUGGACUGUUUAUCAAGAUAAUGCAUAAUAUAUCUUUAUUUUUUCUUUAACAUAUUCAUUUUUGAUAUUUGAUGAAAUAGCAGUACUUGAUAUUGUUUUUGUUUCGUUUACGUUUCUUAUUAGGUUUUUGGAGUUUGCGCUUAAAAUGUUCUAUUAUCCCCAGCUUCUUUGGAAUGUUUUGAAACAUAUUUACAAACAGGAGAAUUCUGAAAUCAAUCCCAUUUACAUGGCAUGCGAGUAUGCCUUUAGUAUUCCUAUAGGCAUCGGCACUUUAUAACAUUUACUUGGUAUUUUUCUAUUUUUCAUUAGACGGAUAUUGUUCUAGAUCUCAUAAUGUUAAGCAAAAUGAACUUUUUCUUUUUUUUUUUUUUUACAGCAAGGGCGAUUGAUUUAUCCUUUAUUGUUCUGUCCCUAUGGUCACGUGCACACGUCACCCAAUCGAAUGGCAGCCUGUCUUUCAAGUUAUUAACCGACUGGGCUUUGCGAGGGCGAAGCUGCCUUUUGAUUCACAGAGUUUAUUAUUUUGCGAGUGUGUUGGUGUAUGUUUGUUUGGUGUUUUACUUUUGUAUAUGAUUUUGCGUUUGCCCCCACCAUGUCGACAUCCGGAGCUGUGACAGGAUACUACGUAAACUCACUGAUUCUCCCGGAGAGCGAGGAAUCCCAUGUCCCAUCCGCCCCAGGACUUCUUCUGCACGCGCGGCAGUCAGCUCUGCCUACCGAGUGCAACGAGCUCGGACCUUCCAUAUUCCUGUCAAAACAGCCAGUGUUUGGCAGCACGAACUGGGGCCACAUACCGACACCCGUGGCCAGCGAGGUUUCAUCUGUGUAUCACUCACAUGCACAACCCCAGCCCCCAUUGGCGGGAGACUUCGCACAGUCGUGGCUGUUGGAAUCUGGUUGCGGACCUCUCCGUCUAAACGAACUACCGACUAUCCAUUCCAACUACUACGCCAAACCCGAUGUGACUGGAACGAACAGUAGCAGUACACGAUCGAGCUCCCACGCUAUUCUACUGCACGAAGAUUUCCCAAACGGGGUGCGUACCACGGACACGGAUUCGCUGUCCGGCCGGAAUGGAGAUGCGGGACACGACAGCCAAGAGAAUCCGGGCAUUGAUCCAAACAAUCCCGUAUCCAACUGGCUUCACGCGAGCUCUACGCGCAAAAAACGCUGCCCGUAUACUAAGCACCAGAUCCUCGAGCUGGAGAAAGAGUUUCUGUUUAACACUUACCUCACACGCGACCGCAGGUAUAUUUACAUUCUUCUUCUGGCGGACUGGUCUAAGGGACUACAGUGUGACUCAGAAAGCUCGUGGAAAAUAUAUUUGAUUUAGUUGGUAAACGGCAGGUUCAUGAUUAAUAACUAAUAAUAGUAAAACAUCUUAUUUUCCGUUUUAUAUCUUCAUUAUUUAUAGUCAUGCUCAGUAUUUGUACUUUAGACAGAAGUAAAAUAUAACUUAAAUAUAUAUUCUAAAACAUAUGCAAUUUAAACUAUCGUUGAAUGUCUUACUGUAAGGUGUAUAGGUAAAUACCUUGGGGCUUUAGAUAUUGAGUUGUUCGAUAGUCCUGUGUAAAGCAUUGUAUAAUGUUGAUUGUUAUUGCAUGGCUCCUUUAAAUGUGGCCUCAAAGUUGCCUUUCCCGAGCCGAUCCACGCAUUUAAACCAGAUGCCUGUGAAAGUGAAGUUGCAUUCCUUUAUUUCCUCAAAUGUUCUGGGGUUUCCCAUAACAUAAAAUAUGUAAUAAAAUAGGUAUUUCUUUCUUGAUUUGACUUAUAAACAAUACUAAGUAAUAGUAUUUAUAAUAGUGUCUAUAAACUUGAAGAGUUAAAUUUCUAUUUCCUAAAAGCCGAAUAUGCAAUGUACCAUUAUCCCUAAAAUGAUUUGAUUGUUUGUGUUUUUGACCAUAAACAUAUCAUGAACAAAAAUGUCAAUUGUUUUAUUUCUGAACAUGUACAUAUGCAAUGCUUUAGGCUAACAGCAAAAAAUGAGAAAUAACAAUAUUAUGCAGCUUUAGACGGACCGUACGCUGU